AUGAAUAUCACACAGAUCACAUCAGUCAUGGUAGUCUCUUCAUCACCCGUAUCACGUAGGCCAUGGGUGGUUGGUUGUUGCAUGCAGCAAUACAGUUCAUCGCCUCUUCGUAAAGCUUCUUCACAUUCUGAACAAGCUAAUCCUGCUGUUAUGAACCUCGAUAUGACCAAAGAGCGAAUUCGGAAGCUGUUCAGCAAUGUGGAGGUUUCUGUUUCUUCAUAUGACACAGCCUGGGUAGCCAUGGUUCCUUCUCCAAACUCUCCCAAGUCCCCUUGUUUCCCUGAUUGUCUGAACUGGUUAAUGGAUAAUCAGCUUGAUGAUGGUUCAUGGGGUCUUCUUCCUCAUCGUUCCUCAUUAAUUAAAGAUACUCUCUCUUCAACAUUAGCAUGUGUACUUGCAUUAAAACGAUGGAAUGUUGGGAAAGAUCAAAUUAACAAAGGUCUACAUUAUAUCGAGUCAAAUUUUGCUUCAGCUAAUGACAAGAGUCAACUAUCUCCAUUUGGAUUUGACAUUAUAUUUCCUGGUAUGCUUGAGUAUGCGAACGACUUGAACAUAAAGCUCCCUUUAAACCAAACAGAUUUGAGUGUGAUGUUACAUGAGAGAGAACUGGAGCUUAGAAGAUGUUACUCAAAUGAGAAGAAAGCGUACUUGGCAUACGUCUCAGAAGGACUCGGAAAUUUCCAUGACUGGAAUAUGGUGAUGAAGUAUCAGAUGAAGAAUGGUUCUGUCUUCAAUUCACCCUCAGCAACAGCUGCUGCUCUUAUUCAUAAUCAAAACGAUGCUGGUUGUCUUGAUUAUUUAAGUUCACUCUUGAACAAAUUUGGGAAUGCAGUUCCAACAGUUUACCCUCUUGAUUUAUACAUUCGACUUUGCAUGGUUGACACACUUGGUAGAUUGGGAAUCACACGCCAUUUUAAGAUGGAAAUCCAAAAUGUUUUAGACGAAACUUACAGCCACAAAAAUAGAUGUUGGGUGCAGGGGGACAGCCAAAUAUUCAUGGAUGUUGUCACUUGUGCUCUAGCCUUUCGAUUACUAAGGAUAAAUGGAUAUCAAGUCUCAUCAGAUCCAUUAGCUAAAAUUACUAAAAAGGGGGAUUACAUGAGUUCAUGUAAAGAUGGUUUUAAAGAUGUAUAUGCAGCUCUUGAAGUGUUUAAGGCAUCACAGAUUAUAUAUCAAGAGGAAUUGGCUGGUUUGGGAGAACAAAAUUCGAGGUCGACUGAUUUCCUUAAAAGGGAAAUAUCCAUUGAUUCUAACUGUAUUCAUAGAGAGGUGGAUGAUGCACUUAAGCUUCCCCUUCAAUGCUCAUUAAACAUUAGCAAUGAAGAUUACCUAAGGUUGGCAGUGGAAGAUUUUAAUGCAUGCCAAUCUAUUUAUCGUGAAGAAAUAAAAGAUCUUGAAAGGUGGGUGGUGGAGUUUAGAUUGGACAAGCUCAAGUUUGCUAGGCAAAAGACAGCCUACUGUUACUUCUCUGCUGCUUCAACUUUUCCCUCUCCUGAAUUAUCAGACGCAAGAAUUUCAUGGGCCAAAAGUUUUGAAAAAUGGAAUGUAGAUGUCCAAAAUGAUUGUUGUUCAGAGGAAGUUCGCAUUCUAUUUUUAGCAAUUAAAGAUACGGCCAGUUCGAAUAUAGACAAAGCGUUUAAGUGGCAAGAACGAGACAUAACAAGUCAUGUUAUUGAAAUUUGGGUGGAUGUGGUGAAGAGUAUGUUGAGAGAAGCUAUAUGGGCUAGAGAUGGUUCAGUGCCAACAAUGACCGAGUAUAUAGAAAAUGGUUUAUUAUCAUUUGCUUUAGGUCCAAUUGUGCCUCUGGCUAUAUACUUUGUGGGGCCAAAAUUGUCAGAGGAGAUCGUUCAAAGCUCUGAGUAUCACAAGUUAUUUGAGCUAAUGAGCACUUAUGGUCGUCUUCUAAAUGAUAUACAUACCUUUAAGAGAGAAUCGAAGGCGGGACAACUGAAUGCUGUACCAUUGUACAUGAGUCAUGGAAAGAGUACUGGGAUUAUGGAACAAGAAGCUGUAGAAGAGAUUAAAAUGCUGAUGGAGAAUCAUAGGAGAGAAAUGAUGAAAUUAGUGUUGGAAACAAAGGGAAGUAUUGUUCCGAAAGCUUGCAAAGAUGCAUUUUGGAGCAUGUGCAAUGUGGUGAAUCUUUUUUAUGCAAAAGACGACGGGUACACUGGAAAUGCAAUCCUUGAUGUUGUCAAGGAAAUCAUCUAUGACCCGGUAUACCACCGACCAAUGCUCUAA